CGUUACUUCCGGCUUUUGGUUAACACAGACGUGUCGGUUGUUUGAGAGGAACUCUAGACAGACUUCAUCAUGCCUGGGAUGCAGUUUGAGUAUGACGAGGAAGGAGGGACCUUCUUUUACUUUUUGUUCUCUCUUUGGGGCCUCGUCUUGAUUCCCACUACAUAUUAUUUUUGGCCCAGGAAACCCGUAGACGACGAAAAAGAUAAAAAGAGGCGAGAGUGUAACUGUGAUCCAUGUGUAAUCAAAAGGCAUCAGCUCAAGUCCAGCACAAAAUGGGCGCGGAUGAAAGAAAAAAUUCUAAAAAUAGUGUUCAUUAUAGCCUGGAUAAUAUUUGCCCUUCUUGCAUACAAAGUGUCCCAGAUCCAUAUAGAGUAUCAGGAGUAUGAUCCAUACGGAGAACUUGGCCUGGAUGUGGGAGCCACAAAAGAGCAGAUAAAGCGAGCCUACAAGAAGCUCAGUUUGAAGUACCAUCCAGAUAAAGCCGAAGGAGACCACAAGAAGUUCAUGAAGAUCGCCAAGGCCUACACUGCAUUAACAAAUGAGGAGACCAGGAAGAUUUGGGAAGAAAGUGGGGACCCUGACGGUCCUGGGGUUACUCGAUUUGGUAUUGCCUUACCCAAGUGGAUUGUGGAAAAGCAGAACUCUAUGUGGGUGUUGCUGGUGUACGGACUGCUGUUCAUGGUUCUCCUACCCGUAGUUGUGGGUGUUUGGUGGUACCGCUCCAUCAAGUUCUCCAAGGAUCAGGUCUUGCUGGACACCACUCGCCUGUACUACUACUUCUUCCAGAAAAAUCCCAACAUGAUCCUCAAACGAGUGAUUAUGGUACUGGCGGGGUCAUUUGAAUUUGACAAGUUCCACAAUGCUGAAAUUGUGGAGAGGCCUAGUGACAAUGAAGAAGUUCCUAUGCUGAUCAAGCACCUGCCUAACCUGGAUGAGAAGAACAAGGAGAAGCCGCUGUGUUACCCGUACAGCGUCAAGGCCCGCGCCUUGCUCCACGCCCACUUCCAAAGACUGGACCUACCCCCGGACACCCUAGCUAUCGACCAAGCGUACAUUGUGAAGAAGAGUCCCUACCUGAUAAAUGAGAUGAUCAACGUCAUUGCACAGCUGGUGGCCGGAGCUCACAGAAAUGCUGUUCAGUACAUGCCGCGGCUGGAGACGAUAGAGAACUGUAUGAAGGUGUCCCAGAUGUUGAUUCAGGCUGUUGAUGUCCGGACCAGUCCAUUGUUACAGCUCCCCCACAUCACCCAGGACAUGCUCAAACACUUCACCACCAAAAAGAGGCACAUUCAAAAAAUCCGUGAUUUGAUAAGCAUGAAGGAAGAAGAUCGUCGCUCACUUCUACGUCACUUGACGAUGGAUGAAUAUCGUGACAUCAUCAAUGUGUGCGCAUCACUCCCCUAUGUUACCAUGGAAGUCCACUCCACAGUGUUGGAUGACGAGGACACGAGUAUAACAGCAGGCUCUAUAGUGACGGUAGAGGUCAGUCUGAAGAGACGGAUGAUGGAGGUUCUGUUUGAUAAGGAGGAACUGUCUCACGUGGACGAGGACCAGGACAACUUGGCCAUCGGGAACGAGGAUAACGAAUCUAACAAAGACCAGCAGGAAAAUGAGACAGAAGAGAAUGCAGACACGAACCAGAAGGCCCCAGUGUGGCAAAAACCGAAGAAACAGCCCAAGAAAAAGGGAGGCAAUCAAAAGAACAAAAAAGCCAAGCAGGCAUACAACUGGAAAGCAGCAGCCACAACACAGGAGAAGAAGGAGAGCAGCAAACAGGACACGGAAAAACAGGGUAAUGAGGUGGCUGUCAAAGACGAUGAGGAGCGUGAGGACAAAGACGAUGUGUCAGAGAGAGGAGCAGAAACAGACGAGGAGACAAACGCAUCGGACGGUGAGGACCAGAGAGAGGACAGGUUGGAGUCCUCUUCGGGGCGACAUGAGGAGGAUGAGGAGCAAUGGAAGAAGUACCAGGAGGAGGCCAAGAAAGAACAACAGCUGGACACCAAGGUCAAGGAGAGUCACCCCGUCCACUGUCCCUAUUAUGGGGAGGAGAAGCAGGAGGGGUGGUGGCUGUAUGUCAGUGACAAAAAGAACCACAUGUUGAUCACCGCCCCCGUACAGAUCCUGACCCUCAAGGACGAGGAGGAGCUGACCCUGAAGUUUUCGGCCCCGCACAAGCCUGGGCUGUACUCGUACACUGUGUGUCUGCGCUCAGAUUGUUACGUGGACUUUGAUCAGUCCAAAAACAUUAGGUUGGAUGUGAAGGAAGCGAAGGUGAUUGAGGAUCAUCCUCAGUGGGACAUUCCGGAUGAUGAGGAUGACAAAGACAAGGAUGAGGACACAGACUCGGAUUACUCCACGGAUUUUGAUGAAUCGGAUGAGGACUGAUUGAUUACUCCGCGGAUCUCGAGGACUCGGAUGACAACUGACUACACCACGGAUUUUGAGAAUGUAAACUAAGACUGAAAGGGAGGCACAAUCCAACAAUGUCCAAUCAGACAGAGACUGAGAUGAUAUCAAAUGAGUGGCGAUGUUGUGUCCAUUUGUACACUCUAUUUGUCGUAUUGUUGAUGAAUGGAAAUUUCUUUCCCUGAGGCCACCAUGUUUAAGAAAUGUGAUAAAAUUCAGUUAUAGUAAACAAUUUUUUUUAAUUGUAAAUGAUUGUUAAAUACAUCUAUUGUACUAAUGAUAACUGAAUUACUACUGUAACAUCUCCUUCAUCAAUUUUUUAAGUGAAGUACAGUUGAUGUAGCAAAAUUACUUUGGCAUUUUAUUUUAUUUUUCUUCUAUUUUUUUUUUAUAUUUUGUAUAAUCAGUCAUUGUUACAUGUACAUAUGGAAUUUGGUCUCAUCAUUGCAUUCAUUUUCACAAUUAAUAUUUUUCCUCUUCUUGAUUUGGAGAUUAGUCGUAAUAUUGUCCAAAAGCUACUCUUCCCUGCUACAUAUUUUGGUUGUGCAUCCCAUUUACAUCUAUUUUUAUGAUUACCUAUUCUAGGUCUAGUCAUUUUGAUAUGAAUGAUAUCUACAGUGUAUAUAUGAUCUUCGUUAAGACAACAAAUUGCAGGGGUGAUAUUAAUUAUGCUUGAUUAGCAUAUACACAUGUACCUUUCUUGGUCAUCACUUGAUGUAUCUCAAGUCAUAUGAAUUUUUUUUUGUACCUACAUGCAACCCAACAAAAUAUGUUAACAAGCAGAAACUAUAUACAUGGUUGCAAGAAUAGAUAUAAAUUUAUUGAAGUGUGAGUGAGGAAUGAAGUAAAAUGGUGCAUGCUACAAAGUAACAGUCAAUAUAUUCAGGGGACAAAUGUAAAAAAAAAAAAUGGAUUUUUUGUGAAGACAAAGUUCAUUUUCACAGAAAGAGAUUUUGUUUCUCUUGUGUGUAAUCACAAUAUUUGUGAAACAAUUUAUGGCUAAUUUAUAGUGUGUAUUUAAAAUCCUUGAUUAUUUAUAUUAUUGUCAUUUUUCACUGCCAUAUUCCGAUAGCAUAUUUUGUAUCAAACCUCAACAUUGUAAAUAUCAUGAAAUGGUUGAUAGACACAUUCAUUGACAAAUGAAAUAUGAAUAUUACAUGUAUGUUUAUGCUUCUUGUGGAAGGAGGAAAAUAAAGGCGAUAAAAUUAUUCAAACAAU